AGAGCUGUAUCCAGAUCGGGAAGGUCAACAAGCUCUCAUCCUUCGGCCGAUUAGAACCAACAUGACACGCGGCGUAGCGGAUCCUCAGACGCAAACAGGAAUACCAGAAAAAAGUCAACUUAUGUAGAAAAUUUGCUUAUUUGAGUUGAGGUCUUCCGCGGAGCUCUUAUCGUAGAACGGUUAGCCCGUAACUUGUUCAGCAAAGGUAUAACUUCAAACGCAAAACGUCAUCAAAUCACCGCCUAUCCGCCAAGAUGGCCUCGUCUCAAUUUUGCCGGGCUUCGUACGAGAUUGUGUCUCCGCGACUGGUGGUGAGGACUACCACAGAAUCCGACAUUGAAUCUUUCCACGCCAUCAUGACAACCCCAGAAAAUUUCCCAUUUGAGGAACCUGAAAAGGAUCUUACGGUCGUAAAGCUUCGGGCUCGGAUUCAAAAAUUUGCCAAAAUGUCAGCGGAGGGGAAAAAUGCAUUUUUGGUCGUUGAACUGCGCGGUACAAAUGAGCUGAUUGGAUACGGAGGGUACAACACUUUUGAAUCUGUCGACCCGACCGAGUUCCUUGACCAAACGACACUUCAGGGGAGCAAAACGUACAUGACGGACAUCGGCAUCAUAAUCGAUCACAAACACUGGCGCAAGGGCUAUGGCCUGGAGUUGAUCAUCGUCCUCAUCGAGUACGCCCAAAAUGAGCUUGGAUGCGAAGUUUUCAGAGCAGAGACAGGCGACGAUAAUAAACCAUGGCGAGCUCUUAUGCGAGCGGCAGGUCUUGCCAAGUUCGAGGGACGACACAAAGCAAGUUAUGACGAGAAGCAGGAGGUUUGCGUCUGGAAAUUUGAUGCGGGACAUUGGAAACAGGAAAGAGAAAGGAUGCAAAUGGAGGGAAAGUGGCCACUAUAGGAGCUUGUCUCUCUCCGUGACUGGGAAUUCUCGAUAUGAUGGUUCUAUUUACCAAGUAAUUGCAAGAUCACUCAUCAAAGAUGACACAAACAACUUC